AUGAUAGACAGAUAAUUUGUGAAAGUAUAAGCAAUUCAUUGGAUGUCAUUUUGUUACUCUGUUUAUUUCUAUAUCUAAAAUAGAAAUACAAGUAAUUUAUUAUGUUUGGUAAUCAUAUGCCUUUUAUCCCCCUUUGUUAUGCUAUUUCAUUAUGCUAAAUUGAGAGCGAAAAUGAUUGGAACUAUAUUCUGUAUUCAAAUAGAUUUGAUCUGUCUAAUAAUUCUGAAUUAAGAAAACUUAAACCAUGCUUCUUAUGCUUAAUUAAUGAUAUGUUAAUACCUUUCAAAAGAUCUUAUUAAGUAAGUGUAGACAUAAAAUCAGCUUUUAAUAAAUCCUAUGUCUUUUUAUUAUGGCAUAACAAUACUUGUAUGUGCAUUUUAGUAAAUAUAUUUACAUACUGUGAGUGAGUUUCACUCAGAAUAACCACAAUUAAUGUUGUGUUUAUUACUUUCCUUUUAAGAAAGCAUAGCAUUAAAAAAGAAAAAUUAAAGUUAAUUGAAUACUACAAUUCCAAAUGAAGGUGGACCAAUGUAGAAAUUGGAUAGUUUAGCAAAAAGAGUAGUUUCUAUGGUUGAUAGUGAUAAAAAUUUUAUAUUAGAUUAAUCAAAGGAGAGUGCAAGAAUACUUUGCAAUAAUUUUAGCAAUAUUUAAUAACAUUAUAUCAAUUCAGAAAUUAUUUUUAAUUCUCUUGACUUCUUACAAGAAGGAUUAAUAGUAUUAGAUGUAUAAGAUGAAAAAACUCAAUCUUACAAAAUAUAAUAUGUAAAUAAUGCAACAAGAGUAUUAUUUGGUCGUGAAUAAGAAGGAGAGAUUUUAUAUAUUUUAGAGAGUUUAAAUACAUUACAUAUUUAAAAUUAAGAUAUCUAAGAUGAUCCUAAUUCAAGAAGAGAAUCUAUUUAAUAAAGAUUAUCAAAUUUACAACAUUCUCGUAUUUGUAAAUCUAUCUUUCUUUAAAAAGAAUUGUUUUGUUCAGUGAAAUAGCCACUUUUGGAUUUUUAAACGUUUGACAAAUAUCAAACAAUUAGUAUGAAAGAUUUACUUGAAAAAAUGAUAUAAGCAAGAAAAACAGAUGUUAUAACAGUGAAUACUCAUUUUAGUGGUAGUAUUACAUUAAACACUAAUAAAAAUAUAACAAUUUCAUAAUCUAAUACAGGAUGUUAAUCAAGACAUGAUUAAAAUGAAAGAUUAAUGGAAUUCACUUUAACACUUACUAAAGAUAGAAGUAUAUUAAUAAUUUGUAGAGAUGUAACACAUAGAUAGAAAAUAAGAUAUUUAAAAGAUUAUGAUAUAUAAAAAUCUAAGAUGUUAUCAUUUGUAAGUCAUGAAUAUAGACAACCAUUAGGUUGUAUUAUAUAGAUGAUUGAAUGUGUUCUUUUAUAUCCAAUUAUAACAACUAAUUCAGAUAUAACUGAAAAUUUAUAAGUAGCCUUGGAUAAUUCUAAAUAUAUGUUAAAUUUAUCUAAUGAUUUAUUAGAUUUGGCUUAAAUUAAGAAUGGUAAAUUCAAAAUUAAUAAAGUAUCUUUUAACAUUGAAAAUUUAAUUAAUGAUUGUAUUAAAAUGUUUGCAUUAAAGGCUAGAUUGAAAGAUCUUUAAUUAUUAACUGAAUUCAGUACUAAUAUUCCAAAAUUUAUAAUAUCAGAUAAAAAUAGACUAAAACAAAUCAUUGUGAAUCUAUUAAGCAAUGCUUUUAAAUUUACUUGUAGCAAAAUAGAAAUUAUAAUUUAGCUUUAGUCUACUUUUUUAAGAAUAGGAGUUAGAGAUGAUGGUAUUGGAAUUAGUAAUGAGGAACAAUAAAUGUUAUUUAAGGCAUUUUCUAAAGUAAAUUCGGAAGAAAGCAAAAAAUUAAAUGAAUAAGGUGUUGGUUUAGGAUUAGUUAUUAGUAAUUAGAUUGCCUAAACUAUAGGAUGUAGUGGUUUAAAUAUAGAAUCUAGAAAAGAUCAAGACAACCAUUAUUCUUUCUUUUAUUUCGAUAUGUAAAUUGAAUUGCCUGAAAAAAGAAAAGUGGCAAGUUUUAAAAUUCCUGAAAUUUAUCCUCUUUAUUAAGAAGUUGAUGAAAUUAUUACAUUGAAUCAGGAAUAAUAAAAAAUAACUCAAGAUAUUAUUUCGUAUUGUUCUCAUUAUUUGAUUGUUGAUGAUGAAUGUUUUAAUGUAUUUGCCUUCAGUAAAAUUUUAAAAGGAGUUCUGAAAAAUAAUAACCAAUAAAUUGAUGUAGAAUCUGCUCUUUCUGGUAAGGAGUCUAUUGAAAAAGUGAAAAAUAAAAAAUGCAACAAUUCAUGUUAAGGAUAUAAACUAAUAUUUAUGGAUAUAGAAAUGCCCAUUAUGAAUGGAAUUCAAACUACUAAAUAAAUAUUGGCUGUAAAUCCUAGUUAGAUCAUUAUUGGCUGUAGUGGCUAUACAGAUUACUAAGACAAAAAGAAGUGCUUAGAUGCAGGAAUGUCAGAUUAUAUCACCAAACCUGUAAACGAAAUAGAACUUCAAGAAAUACUAAAGAGAUAUUUAUGA